AUGGGACGCGUAAUCAGGAGUCAGCGUAAGGGAGCGGGAAGUGUUUUCAGAGCGCACGUUAAACAUCGGAAGGGUCCUGCCAAGUUGCGCCCCGUAGACUAUUCAGAAAGACAUGGGUAUAUCCGUGGUGUUGUUCGGGAAAUCGUCCAUGAUCCUGGUCGUGGUGCUCCUCUGGCUCGUGUUGAUUUCCGUGAUAUGUACUCCUACAGGCACAUUAAGCAGCUUUUUAUCGCUGCCGAGGGAAUGCAUACUGGUCAGUUCGUCUACUGCGGGAAGAAGGCUGCUUUACAGAUUGGUAACGUGUUACCCCUUGGCUCCAUGCCUGAGGGUACAGUUAUCUGCAAUGUAGAAGAGAAGAACGGCGAUAGAGGCAGGCUUGCUCGGGCUGGUGGUACCUAUGCCACCAUUGUGUCUCACAAUCACGACACAAAUAGGACCCGCGUUAAGCUGCCAUCUGGCGCGAAGAAAGUUCUUUCCUCGGGUUGCCGUGCUAUGGUUGGUCUUGUCGCCGGUGGUGGACGUAUUGAUAAGCCUAUUCUGAAGGCAGGCCGUGCCUAUCACAAGUACAAAGCUAAGCGUAACUGCUGGCCACACGUUCGUGGUGUCUGUAUGAACCCCGUUGAACAUCCUCAUGGUGGUGGUAAUCAUCAGCACAUUGGCAAACCGUCAACCAUCCGCAGAGACGCCUCCCACGGUAGGAAGGUCGGUCUCAUUGCUGCUAGACGCACUGGUCGUAUCCGUGGUACUCGUGUCAUUGUUGCGAAGUCCGAUAAGGAGUAA